GAAGGCGAUCUGCUUAUGGCGGCUGAAGCCAUCAAUGCCGAUGCCAUCAAUUUCAUGGCGCGUUAUGGUCGUGGCCUGAUUUGUCUGACGCUGUCCGAACAACGCUGUCAGCAACUGAGGUUGCCGCUCAUGGUCGGUGAUAAUCAGGCUCAUUUGGAAACCAACUUCACGGUGUCUAUCGAAGCGGCAGAAGGUGUGACCACAGGUAUAUCGGCUUUAGAUCGUGCAACCCACUGUGCUCCGGCCAGUUAA